AUGUCCGCCGUUCAGCUCAAGUUCUCCCUUCGCACUUCGUCCAAUGUCAAGACCGUCCACCUGGUCGGCUCUUGGGACAACUACCAGCGCCAGAUCCCCCUCUCCGCUGAGGACAAGCCCGGUGCCUGGCUCGGCAAGUUCCGCUUCCAGACCUCGAUGCUGCAGCUCGGAAGUCGCUACUGGUACUACUACAUCAUGGAUGGCUACCACGUGUCCCACGACCCUGCUGUCGAGUACACCGUCGAGCCCACCACUGGCCGCAAGCUCAACAUCCUCGAUGUUCCCGGUGGCAAGACCCGCUCCGCCCCCAAGCCUUCCCGCAACAUCGCUACCGGCCGCGCCCUGUCUCCCUCGCGCAUCCAGCACCCCAAGCCCACCAAGAACUACGCUUCCCGUCAACUCCGCGAGGCUGACUUCGCCCCCACCGUCGACGACUUGACCCGCCGCUUCGCCGGCUCUCGUCUGUCCGAUGAGUACUCCUACUCUAACAGCCCUCCCAGCUCUGCCGGUUCUUCGCUGUCUUCCCGCUCUUCGGGCUCCACUUCUCCCUCUUCGCUCUCCUCCAUGAGCGACCCUCCCGUGCACUGCCGCUGCGAGCGCUACGGUAUCACCCGCAAGGGUGACCGCGUCAAGCUCGACUGUGGUGGUUCCCGCUGCGGUUACCUCACCGAGUCCUCCGAGGACAGCUGCUCCGAGUCUGAGUAUGAGAGUGACGAGGAGUACUGCCGUGCUCGCAACGCUGUCCGCCGCCAGGGCAUCGUUGUCCGUCGCUAA